AUGAUGCAGCAGAUGAUGCAGCAAAUUCAAAUGAUGGCUCAAAUGAUGCAAGGCAUGCAGGGACAACAACCUCCUACUCAAGUUCCUGUCCCUCAAGCUGCAGCUGGACCAGACUUUCGUGCCUUCUUCAGGAUGGAUCCUCCAGAGUUUGUUGGCGGACUUGAUUCUCUUUUGGCUCAUGACUGGUUAGCUGGUAUGGAAAGAGUGUUUCAAGCUAUUCAGUGUACUGAGGAAGAAAAUGUGAUCUUUGUUACUCAGAAGAUGAAGGGACCAGCCCUUAGGUGGUGGAACACUGCAUCUACUUAUUUCACCACACAAGAGAUUCCUAAGGAUUGGCAACACUUCAAAGUAGCAUUCUUGGAGAAGGCCGACAUUGCUCAUAGUGUAUCCCAGAGAGAGUUCACUACUUAUGCUGAAUGUUUAAGGCAAUGCUAUGUUGCUGAAAACAUUUUGAAGAGGGUUCAAGAAGAGAGGAACCAGAACAGGACUAAUUUUAGGGAGCAAGGAAGAUCUACUCAACACUUGAGGCCCCGUAACCCUCCAUCAAAGAAGAAGCAGGUUUAUGGUGACCAAUCAGCUCAACCGCCUUAUUGUCGCAAGUGUAAUAGGAAGCACACCGGGGAGUGCACCAACUCUUCAGUGACUUGUUACGAGUGUGGCGAGCCAGGUCACAUAUCCAGAUUCUUCCCCAAGAAGAGAGCUCCUGAGAAGACUGCAGGUCGUGUGUACACCCUGGAUGCAAGAAAGGCCAAGGGAAACAACAAUCUCAUUGCGGGUACGUGUUAUGUUAACAACCAACCUUUAUGUGUUUUAGUCGAUUGUGGAGCUACUCAUUGUUUUGUCUCUACCGAGUGUGUUUACCGACUUGGUUUGGAAGUUACUCCAUUACCCAAUCAUAUGAUUAUUUCUUCGGCAAUGGAUGAUACCGUGGAAGCUAGACUGAUUUGUAAGGGUUGUUCGGUGUCUUUUAAUGGCCGUGACUUCCCGAUUGAUCUAAUUUGCUUACCCCCUCAAGAGGCUUGA